GCCUGGCGGAGCGAGCCUCCUGCAUCGCGCCAUACGACGCUGUGAGAUCAGUGUGGUGGAGGAGCUUCUGGUGAAGGAGGAGUUCACACGCGUCAAUGCCCGUGAUCGCGCCGGGCAAACCGCGCUUCACACAGCGUGCACUGCCAGACAACGUGAGUGUGCCACGAUACUGUUGAACUCCGAAAAGUUUCAGGCAGUGUACAAAAAGGACCUCGAAGGGCGCAACGCCCUUCACUACCUGGCCAGCUGGGGUGACGAGCCCGUGGCAAAACUUCUCUUGUCGCAUGAACGUUUUCGGCGACGACACAUAGAAACUCAGGACAUUUUCGGAUACACUCCUGUAUCUCUGGCUGCCGACUGUGGGCACACGAAGAUCGUGGAGGCCAUCCAGGAGGCGCUGGCUGCGAAAGAGGGCGAUGACGAUGAAGAAGAGCCCGACGAGGAGCCUUCGCGCCCCGCCUCACCGGAGGCCGCAGCGCCGGCGGAGGGUGACCUCCUCGAGGGUGAGGCAACGGCUGCGUUGGGGGAGGUUCUGGCGGAGAAAGAGACGACCUAG